UGAUGUGUUUGUGUAACAUCAUUGUUUUUCUCUCUUGAGUGUUUUAUUAAGAGAAAACAGAGUCUUGUCUUUGUGUAUUUUAGUGUUGAUUAUGAGAUGGAUGUGAUGUGCUGUAAAUCAGUAGGAACUGAUCUGUCUAUGCUGGAUAUUGAUGAUUUUAUCACAGAAAUAUCUCAGCUGAAGAAAGAGGUGGCGUUACUGGAGAUAAAGCUGAGGUUAAGAGGAGAUGAAGGACUGAAUAGAGAGGAUGGGGUUUGUUGUGAAUCUUCAGGGUAUGUGACUGUUUGGAGCUCCAGUGAAUGUCUGGAUUCAGUGUGGAUGAGCAGAGAUCAGAGCCGCACACCACAGUCACUGCUGGAUAAACUCUCUGAAGAGACAUCCAGACACACACAGGACUCAGAUCUCAGUCUGUCUUUAUUCUCUUAUACUGAGUCAAAGCCCACAGACACUCAGGACACUACAGUGUGUGACAGUAAACAGAGCUUACAGGAGGAUCAAACCUCCACAGAGUCUCUGGAUUCUGUCUGUAACGCUGGAGAACAGCAGCAGAUCCUGCAGACCAAACUGAAGAUGUCUUCAAUUAAACCAAUGGACAGUGGGAACCUGAUGAUGAAGAUAAGUAGAGAAACUACAACAGAUGAAGAUCACACUGAGGAAGAUGAUGACAAUCAUGAUGAUUUUAUUCCUUCAGAUAAGAUCAGUGAAUCGUGUUUGGAUGGAGAAAUAACGUCUUUAUCAUCAAAAGAGCGACAGACGGCACAAACUCUUUCCUGCAUCACCGAUGGAGAGACAUUGAGCUCACCGAGACAUUUAGAUAGAAAUGCAGAACAAAAACUCUUGACCUCCACCAGAUCUGAGAUCAGCUUCACUACCUUACAAAAGUAUAAACGUCAUCAUUCAAAAGUGCACAGAGAGAUGAAGAAGAAGAAGCACUUUCACUGUCAGCAGUGUGGGAAGGAUUUUGGCUUCUUAUCUCGGCUAAAAAUUCACGUGAGGACACACAGUGCUGAAAAGUCUUUCUACUGCACUGAAUGUGGCAAAUAUUUCAGCACCAAACGAGGUCUUGAUAUUCAUCAGCGAAUUCAUACAGGAGAAAAACCAUACGAGUGUCCUCACUGUGAGAAGAGAUUCAGCCGAAACUAUCAUCUGAAGUCACAUAUGCUUAUACACACCAAUGAAAGACCGUAUCAGUGCAGUCAAUGUGACAAAACCUUUAAGAAUUCAGGUUCACUAAAAAAACAUCAGAAUAUUCACUCUGAGGAGAAAUGCUAUCAGUGUUCACACUGUGAUAAAUGUUUCGGUCAAAAAUUUAGUCUGAUAAUCCAUGAGAGAGUUCACACUGGAGAAAAACCUUACGUCUGCUCUCAAUGUGGAAAGAGCUUCUCUGAUCCAAGUAGUUUUAGAGUUCAUCAGAGAGUUCAUACAGGAGAGAAACCAUACGAGUGUCCUCACUGUGAGAAGAAAUUCAGCCAAAAACAUGAUCUGAAGAAACAUGUGCGUAUACACACCAAUGAGAGACCGUAUCAGUGCAGUCAAUGUGACAAAACCUUUAAGAAUUCAUGUUCAUUAAAAAAUCACCAGAAUAUUCACUCUGAGGAGAAACGCUAUCAGUGUUCAAACUGUGAUAAAGGUUUCAGUCUGAAAUCUAAUCUGAUAGUCCAUGAGAGAAUUCACACUGGAGAGAAACCUUACAUCUGCUCUCAAUGUGGAAAGAGCUUCUCUGAUUCAAGUACUUUUAAAGUUCAUCAGAGAAUUCACACUGGAGAGAAACCAUACGAGUGUCCUCACUGUGAGAAGAGAUUCAGCCAAAAACCUCAUUUACAGACACAUAUGCGUAUACACACCAAUGAGAAACCGUAUCAGUGCAGUCAAUGUGGAAAAACUUUUAGGGAUUCAAGUUCAUUAAAAUCACACCAGAAUAUUCACUCUGAGGAGAAACGCUAUCCGUGUUCACACUGUGAUAAACGUUUCGGUCUGAAAUCUACUCUGAUAGCCCAUGAGAGAAUUCACACUGGAGAAAAACCUUACGUCUGCUCUCAAUGUGGAAAGAGCUUCACUACUCAAAGUAAUUUUAAAGUUCAUCAGAGAAUUCACACUGGAGAGAAACCUCAUCACUGUACUGUUUGUGGGAAGAGAUUCAGCAAAAAAUUUAAUCUAAAGAAACAUGUGCGUAUACACACCAAUGAGAAACCAUGUCAGGUUUUAGUGAGAGAUCAUAUAACUCAUACAGGUGAAAAACCGUUACAAAUGUUCUCAGUGUGAGAAGACUUUUACUAACCCAGAUUCCUUAAAAGCCCAUUUGAGAGUUCAUACGUGAGAGAAACCUUACGGGCCCUAUCAUACACCCAGAGCAAUGGGCAACGCAAGUGCUCUUCACUAGUUUCACCCCAUCGCAAUGAUCAAUUUCACAUUUAGUGCCACGUUGUUUAAAAACCAAAUGCAUUUACGCACAAUUUUGCACCCAUUGGCGUUCUGGUCUGAAAAUGAGCCAUGUGAACUUCAGGCACAUUCUUGGUGCGUUGUUAUUUUGAGGCAACUAAAAUAGACUAUGCCAUUGACCAACUAAAACCUGGUUUAAAGUCAAUGGCGCAAUAUUGUUUUUGUUAUUUAAUGAGCGUGUUAGUAAUACGGCACAGUGCGUGUUUGCUUAUCACACCCGUGGAUGCGCAGCAGGACACAACCCUUUUAUAAUAUGAAAAAUUAAAGGAUUAAAAUGUAAAAGAUUAUUAUUGAGUCUCUUGGACUUAAAUGAGGACCGAUUAUGAGAUGUUAGAAGGUGUAAAGAGCUGCUUGACCUGUAGCUUGGUAAGAAAUUGUUUUGCUUUAAACACAUACUUCUGUUUUAAAAUGUUUUUUAAAUGCUACCUCACGAAUUUGUACCUGUGGAUAUGGUGAGAUAAGAAACAUUUUUAACUAAUGCUUUAAAAAAAAACAUGGCGCUGUCCGAGUGCUGAAACGGUUCUCUGCAUGUUUGUAAAUUCUUUAUCUUCUGUUUGUUACAAAUAAAGUAUUUUUAAAGUACAACCCUUUUCUUGCAUAUCUGCAGAUUUUUUUACACUGAUUUUGUAAGAUAUCUGUCACAGGGUGACUUAGGGCGGAACCAAAAAUAGAGAGGAGAGGUUCCGCCCGGAGCAAUUUUUUUCUAAACCCCCGUUUACUUCCUGGGUUUCCAUGGCAGCGAAAUUAGGUCAGAUUCAUCACAGGUGUGCAAAGGAGGCAGCAAUUAUUGACUGGGCGAUGUGAUUAAUGCAGAUUUAAAAGACGGGCUGAAGAAGCAGAAGCGGUCGAUUUCGGGCGAGUGAACUUCCGCCUUGGGCAACUCAGCAAACACCCGCCUCCGAAGAGUUCGCAGGCCCCGCUGAUCCGGCGACCGCUAGAAAACGGGCGGUAAGAGUGCGGGGCUGGUCCGGGCGAAAGGACGGCGUGGUCGUGUGAAGGAAGUUCAGUUGUUGGGCUCGUUUGCGGCUGUUUUGGUGCGCUUGUUGUUGGGCUGUUUUUCCUCUCAGGCUGAAGCUGGCGUGGCUGUGUGGGACGAAGAAAACCGUAGUGGCUGGAAGACGAUUGGAGAUUACUGGAAACUGAAACGAAACAAAAGGAGAAGCCGAGUUUAGCGUGAGUGUUUGCCAUACUGAGGAUAUUGUGGCAUAAGUGAAAUCGCUGUGCAACCCUGUUGGGGGAAGAAACGCCUCGUUCCGUGUGGCCGGAAAUAAUCGCCUGUGUGGAUCAAAGAGGAGAACAUUAGAGAAGAUCUUACAGUGAUUGUGAGUAUGGAACAUUGAGUUUGGGACACACUGUAUACUAACCUGUUUUGUAGCAAACGACUCCGGGAAAAGGAGGCCGUCCCUACCCCUGAACAGUGUGGUGGGUGAGCCGGAGGAGGACAAACUGGGGCUAUCACAGCGACGUGAAUGCUGACUGGGUCGUGCUAAACACCGUCUAACGGACUCCGGCGAAGUGGAGGAAGACGGGGCGUCCUAGAUGUUCACUUUGAGUGCGGUGGGUGAGUCUGUGUUGUUGUGGAAACUUCACUUUGACGUGGUGCUGUGUACUGCUGUGUGUGUAUUGUCAGAAAACCCCCGCCUUCGCUAACCUCGCCAUGGAAGAACGAAAAGGCUGCAGGUCUCAGUUGUUAUUACCUGGCCUAUGCUGUGAGCGAGCUCUGGAUGUGCAGUAUUACUGUGGAGAGAGAGAAAGAGAACGAGGAAACCCUACCUGCACCAUACUUACUGUACGUCGUCCCAAGUGGAGAGGUGAGAGAAACCACCAGUCUGAAUAACCGAUCUUUGUGGCCCAGCCCGCAGCCGAGAGAGAGAGAGAGAGCGAGAGAGAGAGAGAUAUUUUAAGAGUUCAGAGAAGAACACCUACUAAUGCAUGCAGGGCUGAAUUAGGCAGAUACCCCCUAAUAAUACACAUCCAAAAACGCUCCCUUAAAUUCUGGUCACACUUAAACUCAAGCCCCCCGAACACACUUCAGUAUGAAGCCCUUAAAACCCAAGAGAAGAGACCUAAAACCAGUCCCAUCUGUCAACUGGCUCUAAAACUUCAGACCAGCACUAAUGAACGCAAACAAACCACAAUAAACCAAAUCAUUAAAGAAAGUCAAACUUUAUAUUUGGAUCAUUGGGAUAAUGAAAGUAAAAACCAAAGUAAACUAGAAUGUUAUCGGGCACUAAACAGAAAAUACAGUCUGUCAGAAUAUCUCUCCACUGUUAGAGAUGUAAAGCAGAGACGAAUCCUCACUAAAUACAGACUCAGUGAUCACAGUCUGGCAAUAGAGAAAGGCCGACAUAGACAAACAUGGCUCCCAAAAGAAGAGCGAAUCUGUGUCCAUUGUGACAGUGACGAGAUCGAGACAGAGACACACUUUCUCCUUUACUGUGGUAAAUAUAAAGAGCUUAGAGAAAAACACUUUGACAAAAUCUCAAAGCUCAUACCAGAGUUUCAUAGCUCUUCAGAUUCAGAUCAAAUGAAGAUGUUACUGGGGGAAGACAGACACCCAUCAGCUGCUGCUAAAUUCAUUUAUCAGUUACACACCAUCAGAAAUAAUCCACAGCCCUGAUCUUGUACAGUACUUUCAUUUUACCUCUCAUCUGCCUCCAUAAAUGUACAUUUGUAUACUUCAUAUGUUUAUAUUUCAAAGUCAACUUUAUAUUGUAAAUAUCCUCUGAUUCUAUUUUAUUAUUUUGCAGUAGUACUUCAUCCAUCACCCAGCACCUUAGCUUAAUUGCACCUUAAUGUUUGUUAAUAUUGUGUUAUUGUAUGUUUCUUGUUUUAUGUAUAAUGCUUUGGCAAUAUUGUAAGUGACACAAUCAUGCCAAUAAAGUUCUUUAAAUUGAAAUUGAAUUGAAAUUGAAUUGAGAGAGAGAGAGAGAGAGAGAGAGAGAGAGAGAGAGAGAGAGAGAGAGAGAGAGAGAGAGAGAGAGAGAGAGAGAGAGAGAGAGAGAGAGAGAGAGAGAGGAACCCGCAGCCUGUGGAGAGGAAGAGAGAGAACGAGAACGAGGAAACCCUACCUGUACUGUACAUACUGUACGUCGUCCCAAGUGGAGAGGUGAGAGAAAACCAGCAGUCUGAAUAACCGAUCUUUGUGUCCCAGCCCGCAGCCUGUGGAGAGAAAGAGCACGAGGAAACCCUACCUGUACCGUACUAUUGUACGUCGUCCCAAGUGGAGAAACAAGCGAGCGUGAAGUGCCAUCUCCGCAAUAUGCCAUGAGACUAAGGACUGAGAUCCCUUUUUUUUUAAGUUUUUAAUUUCCCCCUAAGAGAUUUUAAUAUUUAAUAAAAGUUGUCAAAUUUUAAUACUUUGUCGGUCUGGUCAUUGGGGUGUUUUGGGACCUCCUUGGGGUGGAACUAGGAGGAGCGUGA